AUGGCUGGCCUCUUCGAUCUCACAGGCAAAGUCGCCCUCGUCAGUGGCGGCACAAAAGGCAUAGGUCAAUCGAUGACACUCGGCUUGGCAGAGAGCGGCGCCGAUAUCAUAAGUCUUCAACGAGAUAUUCGGAAUGUCGAAACAAAGGACAAGGUCGAAGCACUUGGCCGCAAAUUCACUAUCAUCCAAUGCGAUAUGUCCGAUAGGGAGAGAAUAGGUGCGGCCGUGCAAGAGGUAGUGGCUGCUGGGCAGGUAGAUAUCCUGUUGAACUGUGCUGGUCUACAACGUCGCUUCCCAGCGGAGGAAAUGGCCUUCUCUGCCUGGGAUGAUGUCCAGAAUACGAACUUAGCGGCGAUUUUUGUUGCCUGCCAGACUAUUGGGAAACACUGGCUUGCACAGAAACAACCAGGCGUCAUCAUCAACGUGGCUUCGUUGGCGGCAAUGCAAGGUGGUGUGAAUAUGGUGGCGUACGCAGCAAGCAAAGGCGGUGUCCUGCAGCUGACGAAGGCGCUAAGUAAUGAAUGGGCGGGACGGGGCAUCAGGGUGAACUGUGUGUCUCCUGGCUACAUCGCAACCGACAUCAACAAAGACACUCGGACCCAGGAGAGGUACAGAGCGAACUUCGAGGCCAUCAACAGCAGGAUACCGAUGGGGAGGUGGGGUGAAGCCGAUGACUUCAAAGGUGUGGCGGUGUUCAUGGCCAGCAAAGCUAGCGCGUACAUGUCUGGCGAGAAUCUUGUGAUUGAUGGUGGUUGGAUGGCGAGGUGA